AUGGCUUCCGCAGACGAGCUCAAAGCUUUGGGCAACAAGGCCAUCGCCGACAAGAACUUUGAUGAGGCUAUUGACAAGUUCACUCAGGCCAUCGCUUUGCAGCCCGAAAACCACAUCCUCUACUCCAACCGAUCGGCCGCCUAUGCUUCCAAAAAGGACUGGGACAAUGCACUAAAGGAUGCCGACAAGACGACCGAAAUCAAGCCCGACUGGGCCAAGGGCUGGGGACGCAAAGGUGCUGCUCUUCAUGGCAAGGGAGACUUGCUGGGAGCCAACGACGCCUACGAAGCUGGUCUGAAGCAUGACCCGAACAAUGCGCAGCUCAAGAGUGGCCUGGCCUCUGUUGAGAAGGCCAUGCAGCAGGAAGCUGGAGGCGGCAACCCCAUGGGCGGCCUCGGUGACAUGUUCAAGGACCCGAACAUGAUUCAGAAGCUCGCUGCAAACCCCAAGACAGCCGCCUACCUUGCUGACCCCUCGUUCAUGGCGAAACUGCAGCAGAUUCAGCAGAACCCUCUCAUGUCUCAGGACAUGUUCAGCGACCCAAGAAUGAUCCAGGUACUGGGCGUCAUGAUGGGUGUCGAUAUGGAAGUGCGCGACAGCCCUCCCGAAGGCAGCCAGUCCUACAACGUCUCUGAAGAUACCCCCAUGCCAGAUGCACCAAAGAAGACUCCUGAGCCAAAGAAGGCUCCUGAGCCAGAACCCGAACCCGAAGUUGACGAAGAAGCUCUAGAGAAGAAGAAGAAAAAGGAGGAGGCUGACAAGGAAAAGGCCCUUGGCACAGAGAACUACAAGAAGCGAAAGUUUGACGAGGCCAUCGAGCACUACAAGAAGGCGUGGGAGAUUUACCAGGACAUCACCUACCUCAACAACCUCGGUGCGGCUUACUUUGAGAAGGGAGAUUAUGACAAGUGUAUUGAGUCGUGCCAAAAGGCAGUUGAUGAGGGCCGAAUGAUCUACGCUGACUUUAAGCUUAUUGCUAAGAGUUACGCUCGUAUCGGCUCUGCUUAUGAGAAGAAGGGCGAUCUUGCCCUCGCUGUUGAAAACUACAACAAGUCUCUGACCGAGCACCGAACCCCUGAUGUCUUGAACAAGCUCCGUGCCGCUGAGCGAGCCAAGACCGAGGCAGCCAAGCAAGCCUACAUUGACCCGGCCAAGGCCGAAGAGGCCCGGGAAGAGGGCAACAAGAAGUUCAAGGAAAUGGAUUUCCCUGGAGCCGUGGCCGCUUACUCUGAGAUGGUGAAGCGAGCACCAGAAGAUCCCAGGGGCUAUAGCAACCGUGCUGCUGCCUUUGUCAAGCUAUUCGAGUUCCCCAGCGCAGUAGACGACUGCAACCUGGCCAUCAAGAAGGAUCCAACAUUCAUUCGAGCCUACAUCCGAAAGGCUCAGGCCUACUUUGGCAUGCGCAAGUACUCUGAAUGCGUGGAUGCCUGCGACGAGGCUAUGCGGGUUGAUAUCGAGCACCACAAGGGUGCCAACGCCCGUGAGAUUGAGCAGCAGCAGCAAAAGGCUCUCUCCGCCAUGUACUCAGCCCGAGAGAACGAGACAGAGGAGCAGACAAGACAGAGAUUGUCGCAAGACCCAGAGAUCAUGAGUAUAAUGCAAGAUCCAGUCAUGCAAUCGAUUUUGCAACAGUCACAGUCUGACCCAAUGGCUCUGAACGAGCACAUGAAGAACCCAAGCGUGCGGUCCAAGAUUCAGAAAUUGAUGGCUGCGGGUGUCAUCCGCGUGGGAGGUCGAUGA